CUCUUAAGCACUUAGAGAAAACGAUGCUACAGGGUGUUUCAUAAACAUGAAGCCAAUUUCAAAGCAAUAUAUUUCACAACUUGUGUCCAGCGCACUGUAUUUUACAAAUUUCAUCUGUCUUCUUUAAGCACUUAAAAAUCUCAGCACUUUAAAUUAAUGAGUAGCUUUCCAAAAGUCGCCCUAUUUGAGCUACAGGUUCCAUUCGAGCGGUCACUGAUUGCAACUAAUUGCGACUUUUUAAUGUUCUUAAGGACUCCGAAUUACACGUGGUUUUUUUUAAGUAGUUUCCUGCGUGAUACCUGCUGCAGACUGUGACAGCUGAACAGAGCAAACUGCACGGGGCUGCAGCUGCCAGGGGAACCCUGAACCAUGAGAUCAAAAUAAAAUAAGUCCUAUCUUCAAACGGCACAUCCCGUUCCCCGUGCUGCACGUUUAAUGGGCCAUAGCCCGCCGUUUCUUUAUCUGCAGCUGGAUGUAACAAGGCAAAUUUCGCGUCCCGAGCCAGGCCUGCGAGGAGUCGGUGGCAACUCCAGCAUCUCGGGAGGCUCCAGGACCCGGGCCGGCCGCCCUUCCUCGGGAAGGGCCUCUGGGGCUCCUCUGUCCUUUCCCUUCCUUUUCUUUCGCUACAGGCCAGAAGAAUUUAAACUUCCUGACUCUACCGGGGCGGGCUUCCCCCACCCCGCAGCGGUCGGGGAGGCAGCCCUGACUGCCUCCACUCCUCCUGGCCCGGCCGCCUUUUGUCUCUGCUGGGAGGAGCCAGCAAGAGGCAGAUUGUAAAAAUAAAGGCUGGCCGGCAGCCAGAAGUGUAAAAUUCUGGCUGGUUGGUAGCAAACUUCGCCAGAUCUCGGCGAAGAGGCAGCACGUCUGUUGGUCGGAGCCGGAGGGGCGUGGGGCGGUACGUCCCGGGCAGCCGCCCGCUCUGCAGCCCGGCGAGGCCAAGAGAGACUAUUGUGAUUAAUUGACCUGUCACACAAACUGAGAGAAUCUGGCAGAAGAGUUCAGCUGGAACGGAGGUAGUGUUUGCUGACUACUCAAUCCCUUUUGGAAGAAUUUCAAUUCCUUAGAUUUCCAGCAACCAAAGACACGGAACAGGCUUGAAGACUCAUUGACAUUACUGACACUUGGACCUUCAAGAGCAGAGACUUUCUGAUGGCCCUGCUCCACUCCACCUGAAUGUAUGAGUGAAGGGUUCACCGUAGCUCCAUCCUUUGCUCCCCAGUUCCACAACAUGGGUUCAUUCAGACGGCCCCGACCUCGCUUCAUGAGCUCCCCAGUCCUCAGUGACCUGCCGCGGUUUCAGGCAGCCCGGCAGGCUCUGCAGCUCAGCUCCAACUCUGCGUGGAACAGUGUUCAAACAGCAGUGAUAAAUGUAUUCAAAGGUGGAGGCUUGCAGAACAAUGAACUUUACACCCUCAAUGAAAAUAUCAGGCGUCUUCUGAAGAGUGAACUGGGAUCCUUCAUCACGGAUUACUUUCAGAACCAGCUCCUUGUGAAAGGCUUGCUGUUUAUAGAGGAAAAGGUUAAGCUGUGUGAAGGUGAGGAUCGCAUUGAUAUCCUGUCUGAAAUCUGGGAUCGCUAUUUUACAGAGACUCUUCCUACGCUCCAGGCAAUAUUCUACCCAGUUCAGGGUCAGGAGUUGACUAUCCGUCAGAUUGCUCUUCUUGGCUUCAGAGACUUGGUCUUGCUAAAAGUAAAGUUGGAAGAAAUUCUUCCUCUGGUCCAGACAAAGCUCCCAGCUUCCGUUGUCCAGAUGCUGUUAAUUCUGCAGAGUGUCCAUGAGCCUGCUGGCCCCAGUGAGGGCUACCUACAGCUGGAAGAACUGGUCAAGCAGGUCAUAUCGCCGUACCUGUGUUUGUGUGGGGAUCGCAGCUUCUCUGGUACCACCUGUUUGCUUGAACUAAUUUCUUCUCUCACUGGACAACCUGUAAUGCUGAUGAAGCCCAGCAGGUUCCCUGUAGUAGCUUUUUGGUAAUGUACUGUUGGGCUUUGGGUGUGCUUGCAUUCUCAGCAGAUGCUGUGGAGACCCAACUGCGCUCUGGACUGGAGCGCUGAAGAUGAACAAGUGUUGAGAAAUAUGACUGAAGGUGUCUGAUCAUGGCUGUUAAUACACAUGAGGCUUUGGCCUGCAAGGCUGCUGUAUCUUAAACUUUAUUUGAAGUGAGAGAGGAGUGCAGCAGGAAGAGGUGUGAGAGAGGACAGGACAGCUCACAGAGGGGAUUCGUGGAGGGCAGUGUCCUCACCUGCUCUUCUGUUACCACCCUUCCUCCUUUGCCUAUCUAAAAUAGCCAAAACGUGCAUUGUAAAGAUGGAAUAUGCUGAAGGGCUCCAGUUGUCUAAGAAAAAAUGUUGAAAUGGGGAAUAGGGAAGAAGAUAAAACAUUUUCCCUAUUCCCUCCAUGUAUUAAACCAAACAUCACUGGUGAUUGGAGUUUGCUUAAAAAAGAAGUCUUAAAACCUCCUCCCAGUUUAUGUUCCCGGCCAUAAUGCACCAAAAUAGAGAUAAAAACGUAUAGUUAAACUAUGCAUGACAGCUCCCUUAAGAGACUGUGGCUGAGAAAGUAAAGGGGAAAAGUAAAUCAAUAAGUGAAUGUUCAGAGUUUAGCUUAAUUUUACCUGAUUCUCAUCAUAAAAGAUUUAAAUUUUGUUGCACAAAAAUAGUCUAUGGGUGUUUUUUCCUCAAAAGAGUCAAGUCAUCCCUCUCUUGAAGAGAAUAAACAGUGAGAAAUUCCAUAGUGUCCAUCUCUCUCUUUUGUUACCAGGUCAGUUAUAUGUAAGCCAUUUCUAUAGCUAGCUUGCUCUUAAAAACUUCCACUGAGGGCAGCUCCUCAACUCUUCUGUAGGUUUUUGCAGCUCUCACCUUUGGCAUUAGAAAACAUUGCUUAAUGUCAUAAGAAUGUCUCCGCUACUGUUGUGGGGAGAAAAUAUGAGCAGAGACCUAUCAGGUCUUAACUGAUUUAGUAAAUUCAGAAGUCAAAACCCAGGCCUAUUUCCUUAGUCAAGCUGAAGGUUGAGUAGCCUCAAUAGAUGGCAACCAAACUGCCAUUCCUCUUCUUGUAUUAGUGAUACAGCACCUGUCCUCCUUUAACUGCCCAGACAAGCUUUCCCAGUCCUACGUCUUACAGCUACAACUUCACGAAAAACAUUUGCUGGUGAGGGGAGAAUGAAGAAUUCUUCUAACUUCUUCCAUUGAGUGCCACCAGUCACAUGUGCUUCCAACACGUUUCACUGGAGACCUACCCAUUUUGCUGUGAUAGCAGGAUACGGGACCACUCUUGUGCUGCUGGGAAGCUGGAUAAUACCUGUGGAUACAUCAGAUAAAGUUUGCACUUUAACCUCUUUAGUUUAUUUCACACCACCACCACUUUCCUCCUCCCUCCUCUCUCCCAACUUCUGUGAAUUUUUAUGGUCAUGGAUGGGCACAGAUCAAGGUCUAGGUUAUCAAAGGCAAUCAGAUACUUAAACAGUUGGGUUUCCAAAUCCACCAGUGAAAUGCUAGCAUUUUCGUAGUUGAUGGAUAAGGCUGUGAUAAGAGGAGAUGGAGGGGGAUUUCAUUAAUUUUCAAAACUGGCCUUUGCUGUCACUUGGUUAACUCUUUUGCUGUCUUCUACAAGUGUUUUGCACUCAGCUGCAUCUGAAGCAGUGUCUGAGUAGCACCCUGUCAUCUCAAAAGGUCAUGGUGGCACGAAGAAUAUGGUGAAAUGCUGCUAUUUCUGGGAUAGGAAGUAACAGCUUGACUAUAACGGAAAAGAAGGGAGGAGUAGAGUUAAAGUUUAGUUUCUCCAAACUAAAGUAUGCACUGGAGAUAACGUGCUAUCAAUGACUUGCCUACUUAAAAAACAUGCCUUGUGAAUGCUGACCAAACGUGGGUCUGCUUUUAACAUAAAUAUAUUCAUGCUGGUAACCAGCUGCAUGGUUUAAGUGAACAGCAACUGUGCUGCAGCAGCACGAGCCUCAGCACAAACUGCCUGCAUGUCUGACCAGAUUCCUAGGUGGGUUUGCAACCUGCACUCAAUUCUGGGCUCUGCUCGUUGCAGUGUUUCUGGUUUACGGUAGUUACUUCAGUAUAGUAAAACUCAGGAGCCUUGCUUUAUUUUUUGCAUGAGAAGGAGGUCAAGUGCCCCUGUUUCCAUUCCGAUAUAGAUUUGAAGGGAAGAGUGUGGCCUUAUGAAUUACUGUCGGUGUUGCCUUAGAUACUAGCAGGUUUUUACAAUCUCCAUAUUCAGGUUCUGAUUAUAUUAAAAAGCUGAAUGGUGUCAGACUUUGAAACACUGACAUGUGUGUCAGCUCUUGUUCAGUCUGCUAGUCAGCGAGUGUGUGUAUGUAUGCAAUCAUGCAAACAAGUACAUACAUCGUGUAUAAACCUAUAGUUGAUGUAACUAAUUAUAUUAGUUGACGAUGUUAUCACAGCACCCGAAGAUGUGGCAGAAAAGGAUCUCAGGAUAUCUUUGCCAGUUCAGGUGAAGACAGGGUCACCAAGCUGGGCAGGAAUAUUUUUAUAUUAUUACUUCCUAUAUUAUGCUUGCUCUUAGUGGACUUCAAUCUCUCAGUCAUCAGGCAUGGCUCUGUCAGCAGGACAAAAAGUUUACAUAUAAAAUAGGCACUUUUUUUCUCAUGGGAUUUUUUUUAUUUAUCUAUUAAGCGAAUAUCAGGCCAUGGCCAUGAUUUUUCUUUUUCUCAUAUGUCCUGACUUUUUAGCAUAGAAUCAUUUUGGUUGAAGACACACUCAAGAUCAUCAAGUCCAACCAUAACCUAACUCUGGAGCUAAACCAUGUCCCUAAGAAGCUCAUCUAUAUGUGUUUUAAACACCACCACUUCCCUGGGCAGCCUGUUCCACUGCUUCACAACCCUUUCUGUGAAGAAAUUUUUCCUAAUAUUCAAUCAGAACUUCAACUGGCACAACUUGAGGCCGUUUCCUCUUGUCCUAUCACUUGCUACUCAGGAGAAGACACCAAUACCCUCCAUGCUACAACCUCCUUUCAGGUAGUUAUAGAGAGUCUUUCUUGUAGUGAGCGACCCAAAACUGAACACAGUGUUUGAGGUGCGGCCUCACCAGAACUGAGUAAAGAGGGACAAUCACUCCUCUAGACCUGCUGGCCACACUAUUCCUGGUACAAGCCAGGGUGCUGUUGGUCUUUUUGGCCACCUGGGCACACUGCUGGCUCAUGUUCAUCUGGCUGUUCAAUACCCCAAGGUCUUUUUCUGCCAAGCAGCUUUCCAGCUGCUCUUCCCCAAGCCUGUAGCAUUGCAUAGGGCUGUUGUGACCCAAGUGCAGGACCCAGCACUUGGCCUUGUUGAACCUUAUACAUCUAGCCAUGGCCCACUGAUCUAGCAAAUCAGAUCCCUCUGUAGAGCUGUCUUGCCAUCAAGCAGAUCAAGGCUCCUGCCCAACUUGGUACUGUCUGCAAACUUACCAAGAGUGCACUCGAUCCCUUCUUCCAGAUCAAUGGUAAAGAUAUUAAACAGAACUGGUCCCAAUACUGAGUCCUGGAGAACACCAUUCAUGACUGGGACCAACUACAUUUAACUCCAUUCACCACAACUCUUUGGGCCUGGCCCUCCAACCAGGUUUUUAUGCAGUGAAGAGUAUGCCCGUCAAAGCCAUGAGCAAUCAUUUUUUUUCAGGAGGAUGCUGUGUGAAACAGUGUUAAAGGCUUUACUGAAGUCUAGGUACACAAAAUCCACAGCCUCUCUCUCAUCCACUAAGCAGGUCAUCUUGUUGUAGAAGGAGAUCAGGUUGGUUAAGCGUGACCUGCCUCUCAUAAACCCAUGUUGACUGGGCCUGAUUGCUUGAUUGUCUUGUGUGUGCCGUGUGAUGUUAGGAUGAUCUGCUCCAUGACCUUCCCCAGCACCAAGGUUAGACUGAAAUGUCUGUUGUUCCCUGGAUUCUCCUUCUGGACCUUUUUGUACAUGGGUGUCACAUUUGCCAACUUCCAGUCAACUGAAACCUCCCCAGUUAGCCAGGACUGCUGAUAAGUAAUUGAAAGUGGCUUGGUGAGCACCUCUGCCAGUUCCCUCAGCACCAUUGGAUGGAUCCCAUCUGGCCCCAUACACUUGUGUGUGUUUAAGUGGUAUAGCAGGUCGUUAACCAUUUCUCUUUGGAUUAUGUAGCCUUCAUUUUGCUCCCCAUCCCUGUCUUCUGACUCAGGGGCUGAGUACCUGCAGCACAACUGGUCUUACCAUUAGAGACUGAGGGAAAGAAGGAAUUUAGUACCUCAGCCUUUCCCUCGUCCUCAGUCACUAUGUUUCCCUCUGCAUCCACCAGAGGGUGGAUAUUUUCCUUAGCCCUUCUUUUGUUGCUGAUGUGUUUAUAGAAGCAAUUUUUGUUCCCUUUUACAGCAGUAGCCAAAUUCAGCUCUAGUGGAGCUUUGGCCCUUCUGAUUUUCUCCCUGCAUAACUUCAGGGCCUCCUGAGUAGCCUCCCUCUUCUUCCAAAGUUUAUAAAUUGUCCUUGUAUUCCUGAGUUCUAGCUGAAGCUCUCUAUUCAGCCAGACUGGUCUUCUUUCC